GUCCGGCCACCCGCCUGCUGCGGCUCGUCGCCUCCGGGGUCCCAGCCUCCACGGGCCGGGGCCGCCGCCGCCGCUGCAGGACGGGGAGGCGGGCCAUGGCGUCCUGCGUGGGGAGCCGGACCCUGAGCAAAGAUGAUGUGAACUACAAGAUGCAUUUCCGGAUGAUCAACGAGCAGCAAGUGGAGGACAUCACCAUCGACUUCUUCUACCGGCCGCACACCAUCACCCUGCUCAGCUUCACCAUCGUCAGCCUCAUGUACUUCGCCUUUACCCGGGAUGACUCUGUCCCAGAAGACAACAUCUGGAGGGGUAUCCUUUCUGUUGUUUUCUUCUUUCUUAUCAUCAGUGUGUUAGCUUUUCCCAAUGGCCCAUUUACUCGACCUCAUCCAGCCUUAUGGCGAAUGGUUUUUGGACUCAGUGUGCUCUACUUCCUGUUCCUGGUAUUCCUCCUCUUCCUGAACUUUGAUCAGGUUAAAUCCCUGAUGUACUGGCUAGAUCCAAAUCUUCGGUAUGCCACAAGGGAAGCCGACGUCAUGGAGUACGCCGUGAACUGCCACGUUAUCACCUGGGAGAGGAUUAUCAGCCAUUUCGAUAUAUUUGCGUUUGGUCAUUUCUGGGGCUGGGCCAUGAAAGCCUUGUUGAUCCGUAGUUACGGUCUCUGCUGGACAAUCAGUAUUACCUGGGAGCUCACGGAGCUUUUCUUCAUGCACCUGCUGCCCAAUUUCGCUGAGUGCUGGUGGGACCAAGUCAUCCUGGACAUCCUGCUCUGCAACGGCGGUGGCAUCUGGCUGGGCAUGGUGGUUUGCCGGUUUUUAGAGAUGAGGACCUACCACUGGGCCAGCUUCAAGGACAUCCACACCACCACCGGGAAAAUCAAAAGAGCCGUGCUCCAGUUCACUCCUGCUAGUUGGACCUACGUUCGAUGGUUUGACCCCAAGUCUUCGUUUCAGAGAGUGGCUGGCAUAUACCUUUUCAUGAUUAUCUGGCAGCUAACUGAGUUGAAUACCUUCUUCUUGAAGCAUAUCUUUGUGUUCCAAGCCAGUCAUCCAUUAAGUUGGUGUAGAAUUCUCUUUAUUGGUGGCAUCACGGCUCCCACAGUGAGGUAUUCCAUCCGGAGUAAGGAGCCCCGGAGGCGGAGUUGUCGGAAAUCCGUAUUCUUGGGUCGUCUUUGGGAUCACGUGACCAGGGUCAUUGGUUUUCUGGAAGCUAUCGUGUGCAUAAAAUUUGGGCAAGAUCUCUUCUCUAAGACCCAGAUACUCUAUGUUGUGCUUUGGCUUCUCUGUGUGGCCUUCACCACCUUCCUGUGUCUGUACGGCAUGGUGUGGUAUGCAGAGCACUAUGGUCACCGAGAAAAGACAUACUCCGAGUGUGAAGAUGGCACCUACAGCCCAGAUAUCUCCUGGUCUCAUGGCAAAGGUACAAAAGGUUCUGAAGACAGCCCACCCAAGCAUCCGGGCAACAACGAGAGCCACUCCUCCAGAAGAAGGAAUCGACAUUCCAAGUCAAAAGUCACCAACGGAGUUGGAAAGAAAUGAAAGAGCCUGGUUAAUCGCAGACGCCCCAGAGAGUGCCUAGACCCGAGAGGGAAACAGACGGGCUUGCACACCUCCCUGUUGGGAGGGCAAACAUACGGUGCCAUCGGGACGAGGAGAGGGGACGUGGGGGUUAUUAUUUGCGAGCGUGAGUCUUGUUUCCCACAGACCCAGCCACAGAGGCAGGUCAGGGCCUGGGAUCCUUUGCCAGUUCGGGGUCUCCUCCAACUUGAGCACUCGGCGUGCGGUCUCGGGUAGCUGUGCGGAGCGUCUGCCUGGAGGGCGGCCUCUCACCCGUGCUGCCCGGAGCAGCACUGCUCGCGUGUGUUGUGGUUGCAGUUAGUCGAAACACCUUCGUUGAGACAGGGCAUUAACGGUACGUUAACACUGGUGACCAGUCUUUAUUUUUAUGAAUCUGCCUCUCCCAUCUGACCGAUUGGUUUAAGUUCAGGCCACCAUUCUGUCUUUUAUGGUUGUUAUUUUAUUUGUUCUUAAGUUAGGAUACUUAAAAGCCUUCAGAAGCCGCUGCUGAAAUUGAAUUGGGGACAGCCCUUCUCUCUCCUAAAGAAAACAAUCGAGCGAGCGUUUGUGUUACUGUCUAGCAAACGCAUCCCCCUUUUAGGACCUUAAACUGCACGGUGGGUGUAAACCAGCCUGAGGGAAGGUUGGCUACCUACUUAGGAUCCUGGGCUUCAGAUCAGAACCUUUAUUGUUUGUUCUGAAUGUCCUUGGUCCAGCGUCAUCCACAGUGCACAGAAGUGAGCCUGCUUGAGAGGCGGUGCACUCCACGGCUUCUCUCCCAGCCAGGUGCCUUUUACGUUUUAUUUGUUUUCCUUCCCUGGUGUGUUGCUGACAUUGUCUUUUAGUCCCAUGUGAGGUGCUGGUGAGUAUUACCUUUCAUCUGUGUGCCAUGCUCUAGAACACUUACCCUGGUAGUUCACCACCUCCGAUGGAUCCCUGUUUUAAAUAAAAUGAUACACGUUAAAGCCCAUCAAA